AUGGACGAAAAGAAUAUCAAGCGAGUGGUGUUUAGAGAUUGCAUUGAUUAUCUGAUGGAUCAGGAGUUCUGGGAUGGUACCGCUCACUUGUUUGAUACAUUGCGAGCGAGACAUGACGCUCCACAUCGGAUAAACUUUGAGGCAACAUACGAUCUGCCAUCACUCCGAAACGUCCCAAUAACAAAGUUGACAUUGGAGAAUGAAUAUCGAGACUUGGAGAUCGAUAUUGAUCGCCUCCCUCCGACACUUACCGAACUCAUCAUCAAUACAUGUACACGCUUUAUUCCGCUGAUAGACUUGCGAGGCCUGACAUUACUCAAGAAGUUGUCCAUUUCAGACCUGGACGGACAGCCACUCGAUGGCUCGAGGUUACCGCCCUCACUCACAUGUCUCAGGCUUGACUCAAAGUUCAAUCAAGAAGUGAUCAACCUUCCGACAACCAUCACUGACAUGAUCGUGUGGACCAGAGCCUAUGAACUGGGUCCUAACAAUCUGACAAUAAGGAGACUGGAGUUGUAUGACCCAAGUGUGGAGCGGAACACUGACGCACUGAUCACACUGGACUUUCCAAAAAUGCGCUCUCUAUUGCUAGAUACCGUUCCCCGGUCUGAGAUCUACUCGCGUAUAACAUCGGACAACUUCCCAAUAUUGGAGACUUUGGAUUUGGGACAGACAACGAUGCUAUUCAAUCAAUACAACCUGUCGACACUUCCAUCAUCACUCAAGACUUUGACCAUCAGUGUUUGCCGACCAAUAUCAUGGCUACCUUGUUAUUUGGAGUCACUUACAAUAACGUUUGAAGCACCAGACUUGACGAUAUCAAGUGUUAAAUGGAGUCCAUCUACACCAAUGAUCAAGACAAUGCAUUUGGUGUCGUAUGGCCAGGUGUUGCUAAARGAG